UCACGACCAGGAAGCCAGCGGUGACGUCACUUUCCAGAAGUCCCCUUCAGGUCCAGCGACGGAGACACGGAGAACCCAGCAGAGCAGAGACUACCGACUGUUUGGAGCCGAUACCGCCGCCGAGACGUUACAGCAUGUCCCUGUAUCCAUCCCUGGAGGACCUUAAGGUCGACAAGGUCAUCAAGGCUCAGGCCCAGUUUGCCCAGACUGCCGCCCCGAUGCCAGCCAUCGCUGAGGGAACCUACCAGCCUCAGCCUGCCGCCACCAUGAUGCCAUCAUCCAGCUUGUACCCGAAUCUGGAGGAGCUGGGAGACUACAUGGGACUGGCCCUGAACAGCGACGAAGUCCAGAAGAACCUGGCCCUGGUGCCGGUGGCCGACAACCAGGUGGCGUUGCCCUCCCUAUCAGGUGUAGGUGGGAUGAUUCGGCCGGUGACGGGGGCAGAUAUCGGCAUCAGGAGGGCAGAGAUCCGCCCGGGUCUGAGGGAGAUCAUCCUCUGUAAGGACCAGGAUGGGAAGGUCGGACUCCGGCUCAGAGCCAUCGACAACGGAGUGUUUAUCCAGCUGGUUCAGGCCAACUCCCCCUCCGCCCUCGCCGGGCUUCGCUUUGGAGACCAGGUCCUUCAGAUCAACGGGCAGAACUGUGCUGGAUGGAGCGUGGACAAGGCCCACAAGGCUCUGAAGGCUGCAGCCGAGACCCGCAUCGAGCUGGUGGUCAGGGACAGGCCUUUCCAGCGCACUGUCACCAUGCACAAAGACAGCUCAGGACACGUGGGCUUCAUCUACAAGUCCGGUAAAAUCACCUCGCUGGUCAAGGACGGUUCUGCUGCCCGCAACGGCCUCCUGACCGAACAUUACAUCUGUGAAAUCAACGGACAGAACGUCAUCGGACUCAAGGAUUCUCAGAUCAAGGACAUCCUGAGCACUUCUCCAACUGCCAUGACCAUCACCAUCAUGCCCAAGUUCGUCUACGAACACAUGAUUAAGAGGAUGUCCUCCGGUCUGCUGCGGUCCGCCAUGGAUCACUCCGUCCCCGAAGUGUGAAGACCAGCAGCAGGAAAACCGUCCGGAUCCCGAGUCUCUCUUCUCCCUCCUCACAUCCGUAUCAUUCUGUCUUCACACCGAGCGCCUCCUCAAUCAUCCUAACAUUCUCUUAAGAUGCCUUUUUUUCUAUUCCUUCCCUUUUCUACGUUCUGUCCUCACCUCUGCUGAUGUUAGUAUUUUCUAUGUUAACCUCGUUCUCUCCAUGUUCAUGUUUACUUAGUUUUGACAUCAUGGACAGUAAAACGUUUUUUAAAGCCACGUUCACCAUCAUGAGUCCAGAGCUUCCUCCUCAGAGUGGAGACGAGUCAGUGACGCUUCAUUUUUUCUGUUUGUUGUUUUUUAAAAUGCUGUAAAAGCAGCCAGGCAGCCAAUCAGAGCCUGGCAUGCAGAUUCCCAGCUGCGCUCCGAGUCCCUGCACUUUUACACCUCAUGUGUAAAUAAUCCGAUUAGAACCUGAAGCAGCAGAAUCACACGGUGUACAGUCAUCUCUAGGACCAGUAGGUUUUUAGCCAGCGGGUUGUUUUAAAGGUGAAAGUUAGUGUCGUGAUUAUCGGUAGUUGUUUUUUCCCCACCUCCUCCAGCAGGUGGCGGUGUUUCAUCGCAGCACAUCUCCGGCCUCAGAACACUGUGCGCAUUCCAGGGGAAAGUGUAGGGAAGAGAGGCAGCAAAUGUUAAGAAAAAACGACCAGAUGAGUGGGAGGCUGGUGGAGCGUUUCGUGUUUAAAGCGGUCGUCUUCGGAGGCGUUGUGGGUUUUAGUCCGGAGGGUCUGAGCCGCAGACCCACUAAGUGCACUUUCCAUUUCCUGUGUCCGUUUCAGCAGCAGUGAAGUCUUUUUAUUUCCUAUCAUCGUGUUCGUGGUGCCUCAUGAGAAAACAAACAGGAAACCGCUGAAAUUUGAUGCUGAAAAAACCGAAACCGCACAAACCGUGGUGGGUUCGAAGCUCCGCUAGGUGUCGCUCGACGCCUCCUUCCCCUCCGUCAGAUUCCUUCCGCCACUGAUGAGCGCCGCCAGGCAGAGCAGUUUCUGGGUUUUUUUUUUGAAAAUUUCUACUCGUCGUGUAAAAUUUUCUCCUUUUAAUGCUGUUUGUGUUCGGAUGCAUGUAUUCCUUUAAUUUUCUAGGUAUGCAAUCUGAUAAACAUCGCUGUCAUUCUGUAUAAAAAAAUGCUAGAAAAAAUCUAAAAGUUUAUAUACGAAUGUAACCGAGAUAAUAUUGUAAAACGAAUAAAGUCUUUCUGUUCACAUAA